AUGAAAGACUCACUCGGCCACAAAAAGACGAGACCGGCGCAAGGACGCGACGGCGAGCCGCCUCCAAGCACGCACUCUCCCGCCCCGCGCCUGCUCAGCGGCUCGCUGGGCCAUCGGCGACUUCGGCCCGUUUUUCAGGUUCCUGAGCCAACCGCCAGGUCCAAUCUCCUCCUCCGCCACCUCCGCUACUAUUGCUGUCCUCGCCACCGCCGCUGCCGCCGCAGCAGCAACAGCAGCAACGGCUCCGCUGCCACACAAAAACCCGCCCGACCUGUUAAAUGCCUGACUUACCAGGCCGGCUGCUCCGCCGCCACCGCCGUCGCCACCGCCGCCUCCAACGCCGCCUCCGCGUCGCCGCCGUCACUACUGCCGCCUCCGGGCCGGCCGGCGGCCUCCCGAGGCACUACCGGCGACUGCCGUGACCGCUGCGCGGAUGAGCGCGCCCGCGCCGAACACUAGACUCGACGCCACCACCGCAAACCUGGGCGGCGACGGCGGCACAAUGCUUCGUUUGGAGAGCCAUGAGGCGAACUCCUGGG